CUAAUCAACUGCGAGGAGCUUAACUAGUGUAAGCUGCCACCUGCGCAACCAAGUUUGCCGCUUUCUUCGAGAGGAAUUGAAAACCACCACUCUUCACGACACCGUUUUUUUCACCCAUACUUUCCGGCUUCAUUUAUUCGUUUUCAACUUCCUUGAAAUCGCCGAGGCCGACACAACUGCGACAAUGUCAAUAACGCCAAUCAUCACUUUCAAGGCGGGCAUCUGUGAUGUCGAUCAAUCGUCGAAACCAUACAAGGUCAAGCCCCAGCCGACGCCCGGCUACAUUUACCUCUACUCCGAAGAUGACCUCGUCCACUUCUGCUGGCGCCCCAGGUCGGCGCCCCUCGACCGACCCGAGCUCGACCUCGUCAUGGUGCCGGCAGACGGCAACUUCGUCCCAUACGACACACGCACGCCGAGCCACCCCUCCUCCAAGACCAACGGCCGCAUCUUCGUCCUCAAGUUCGCCUCAUCCUCGCAGCGCCACCUGUUCUGGCUCCAGUCAAAGCCGCAGGGUCGCAGCGGCGACGCGGCGUGGCUCAGCCCGAGGGAUCUCAAGAUUGGCGACAUCGUCGACAGGCUGCUGCAGGGCGAGGAGGUGGACGUGAACCGCGAGCUUGCUUCGGUCCGCAAUAAUAACAACAACAGCCGGCGUGAUGCCGACGACGACGAGACCAUGGAGGACGUCGAGGGUCACGGUGAUUCUCAUCGGCGCAGCCCCGGCGGCGGCGGCGGAGGCGCCGGCCCGGACGCAACCGGCGGGGACUUCAGAGAGGAGGGCGAGGAUGCUCGGGAAGGAGGGGCGGACGGGGCGCGAGCGGUGAGCAACGACGCUGCCACGGCGGUGCGGAACUUCCUCGAAUCCCUCAAGGGCGCCCCGGGACUCGGGGGGAUCAACCGGGCCGAGGGCAAGGCAUACCCUCUGCUGACCGAUCUUCUCGACACGUCUACGACGAUCCCGAUGCUGGAGGCGGCCACGGACGAAUACGUCGACAGCCUCCUGGGCUAUAUCCCCCCCACCGUGCUGGUCCUGGCUCAGCCGGGAGACCGCGGCGAUGCCAUCGAGAGAGAACCGGGGCCCGAGUCGGUGGAAGCCGCCAAGCAGGCCAUGAGCUCGAGCCAGAAGCGAGACCUCCUCAAGAAGGUGCUCCGCAGCCCACAGUUCAGCCAGAGUCUGGCUAGCCUGACGAUGGCCCUGAGGGAUGGCGGUUUGCCGAGCAUCUCGGAGGCCUUGGGCAUUGCGGUGGAGAAUGGCGGGCUGGUCAGGGGCGGGACUGUGCCACUAGGUGGUGGUGAUGCUGUCGAGGCGUUUGUGGAGGGGGUGAAGAAGACGGUGCAGAAGAAGUAAAAGGAAAAGGGGGAGGGAGGGGGGGCUGUGUGUCAGGGCCAUCCGUGCCAGAGACGACACAAGCCGCAUUGUAGGAAGACAUAUUACAAACAGGGUGUCAUUGCUAGGCCAUAGCAGGUAGGCCAAAUACGGAACUGGGAAAAGUCGUACAUAGACCGGUAGUGCAUCGUAGCCUUGACUGGUUCAUCUUCGGCGGAAUGUGUCAGAUCUAGAGGGCUAGACCUGGCGCUGUCUCAACGGUGUCAAGUUUGAUGAAAUUGAUACUCAAUUUCCCCCCUUCUUUGCCACUC